AUGUUUUUUAAGUCUGUUGAUGGCUUUGAUUUUGUGAAGAUAGGUGAAAAGCUUUUUGAGUUGCUUGAUGCUAUUAUGGAGAAAGUUGGAGAAGAGAAUGUUGUUCAAGUUGUAAUUGAUAAUGGGAGCAACUAUGUUUCAGCGAGUAAGUUGUUAGAGGACAAAAGGAAACAUAUUUAUUGGACUCCUUGUGCAGCCCAUUAUAUUGAUUUGAUGCUUGAAGACACUGGGAAACUUCCCUUGAUAAGGAAGAGAAUUAGAAGGACAAUUAAUCUAGUUGGGUUUAUCUAUGCCCAUUCUGGUACCUUAAGCUUGUUGAAAAAUUAUACAAACAAGAGAGAAUUAGUGAAACAUGCUAUUACUAGAUUUGUCACUUCUUAUCUAACCUUAGAAAUGCUCCACAAAGAGAAAUCUAAUAUUACAAAGAUGUUUAUUUCUGAUGAAUGGAUCUUAAACAAGUUAUCUAAGGAGCCUAAGGGGCAAGAAACUACAAAGCUAGUGUUCAUGCCUUCUUUUUGGAAUAGUGUGGUUUACACUCUUAAAGUCAUGGCUCCAUUUGUCAAAGUGCUUCGUCUUGUGGAUGAUGAAAGGAAACCAGCCAUGGGCUAUAUAUAUGAAGCAAUGAACAAGGCAAAAGAAACAAUUAUCAAGUCUUUCAACAACAACGAAAGCAAGUACAAAGAAGUGUUUGCAAUCAUUGCUAAAAGAUGGAAUUGUCAACUUCAUAGGUCAUUGCAUGCAGCUGCCCACUUCUUAAAUCCUGAGUUCUUUUAUGACAACAUUGAUUUGGAGUUUGAUUUUAAGGUCACCAAUGGAUUGUUUGAUUGCAUUAAGAAGUUGGUUCCACAAUUUGAUGUGCAACAGAAAAUUCUAACUGAGUUGCAUCUUUACAAGAUUGAUGUUGAACACUUUGGUUCUAAGUUUGCAAUUGCUCAAAGGAAAACACAUUCUCCUAUGCUUCAGGAUGUGAAAGAAAUUAGAGUGUAUUUGAGCAAGUAA